AUGGUAUUUGGCUUCUUAAAAAGUUGGGUUGAUAAUCGCUUCCCUGAGAAUCCUGUUAAACUUAAACUUGAAGAUGAUUUAACCUUAACCAUUCCGGAUAUCAUUGCUAAGAAGGUACCUGAGUUAAAUAAAGGAUAUAGUUUUACUCCUUUAUUCCCAUCUGGUCACUUGCAAACUGCCUACACGGCCAUUAAUAAGAUGGAGGACGUGGAUCAAGUUCAUUAUGCUAGAAGAUUAUUAACCGUGGAGAAUAAAACUUAUAAUUUUGAAGAUACAGAAGCUCCCGGUGGUCCUAUCAUUAAUAAGUUACCAUAUGAUAGUUGGGAAGGAACUUCAACAUUCACUAUAGAUUAUGCUGUGUCUAAAGAAGUUGGUAAUGAUAUGGUUGGUGAUGAUGAAUUUAAACCAUCAUCUCAAAUAUAUGAUUUACCACCCCGAACUAAGUAUAUUACUUCAUCAAUGGAGAAAAGUAUAUUGGAUAACGAUAAACCAUUAAUCAUUGCACUUCAUGGAUUAUCUGGAGGAUCAUAUGAAUCAUAUAUUCGAGCCUUUGUGAAUGAAGUUACUUCAUCUGAAUAUAAUUUUGAUGCCUUAGUACUUAAUGCACGUGGAUGUGCUAAUCAUACCAUCACUUCACCUCAAUUAUUUAAUGGAUUAUGGACCAAUGAUUUACGGUAUUUAAUUAAUGAGCAUAUCAAGCCCAAUUGGCCCAAUAAAAAAAUCUUUCUAAUUGGUUUCUCCUUAGGAGGUGCCAUUCUUGCAAAUUAUAUUGGUCAAGAAGGUUCAGCUAUUUAUUCAAAUAUUAAAGCAGUUGCUGUAAUGGGGACCCCUUGGGAUUUCAUUGAAGGUUCAAGACAUUUGAAAAGUUCUAUUCUUGGUGAUAAAGUUUAUUCACCAACAAUGUGUCAAAAUGUCCUUCGAUUACUUAAUACACAUUAUGAUUCUCAAUUGAAUAUAAAUCCAAUUAUUAAAGCAUACAAAGAUGCUCCUCAAAAAUUUCAAAUGAAUAGGUUAAGAGAUUUCGAUGAGCUUUUCACCUCCAGAUUAUUUGGGUUAAAUUGUGCGGAUGAUUAUUAUCGUAGAGCUUCACCAGUUCAAAGACUUUGGAGAGUGAGAGUUCCAACUAUCAUUGUUCUGUCUUUAGACGAUCCUAUAACUGGUGGUUCGAAUGGGUUACCACAAAGAGAAGUGGAUUUGAAUCCUUAUGUUCAUUUGGUGACUACUUCUGUUGGUGGUCAUCUAGGUUGGUUCACGUUACAAGGUCAUAGAUGGUAUCCUAAACCAUUAGCAAAGUUAUUUACUGAAUUGAAGCUGACUAUUGUUGUUCCACCAUCUCAAGACGAAUUGCCGUUGAAUAUUGAUAGAGCAUGGCGUUAUGAUAGAUUUGUGAAAAUAUAG